UAAAGUGUCUCCAGAUAACACUUGUUAUGAGUUGACGGUAUACAAAUAAAAAUUGAUUGAUUGAUUGAAAUAAAAGUAAUAAUUCUAUACCAUUGCCAAAAACCCUCCAAGCAAACUAUACUUAACAUCUGAUGGAUGUGUAAAUAUGAUGUGUUAAUAAGCACAUGCAGUGUUUUUAAUCAAUAAACCUCUAUGUAAUAUGAUAUAUGUCAUGUCAAGCUCUGAAGUUUUGAGUUUGAAAAAGUUGUUGUUUCUUUGUUGGCAUACUGCUGUGUUGGCAUACUGCUGAAUGUUGGAAACAUCGAAACCAUGGAAACAAGGUCGUCCAGCUUUAUCUCAUUUCCUUCCUCUCUUAUCAUUGUGCUUUGGGGUGUUGCAUCCGGAGUAGAUCCCCCUGACUCUAAAUUCUCCAUAACUUUUUUUAACCAACAUUGUAAGUCACUUGUUCAAGACAUCAUGACCUACUUGCAACUGACAGUGUUUUUGCCAGUGAAAAUUGUUUUCUUUUUUCUUGAGACAGGGUUUUGCCAGGAGCAGGUAGGCACAUGUAGACCUUUUUGUAUUGGGAGUGAGUGCAUUUCUUUAAACCAAGAAAGGGUGGACUUUAAAACUGCCAAGGAAGCUUGCCAUGAAAGGAAUGGAGAACUGAUGACAUUUCAGACUGAGACAGAUGAGAACAUCCUCGACAUAUUGGUUCAAGAAUUGUAUGGAAACUUCUGGAUCGGACUCCGUUUACCAGAUGGCGCCUGCAGCAACCUAUCAGCUCCACUAAGAGGUUAUGCGUGGACCUCUGGUAGUAAAAGCAGCUUUAUUCCAUCUGUCUGCACCUGGAAUGACAGUUUUAGAGUCUGCUCCCAACACUGUGUGUCUCUUUCUAAUAACCGAAGGUUGAUGGAGAGGUUGUGCAAUGAAAUGACUGAUGGGUAUCUGUGCAAAAUGAAGCACAAAGAUUCAUGCAAAAUACAGAAAAUAUCAGAUCGAUCUGUUUUCAAAAGCUCUAAAGGCUGCUCAGUUGGCCCUUGUCAACACGUCUGCAAAGAUGUACAAGGCGGGUAUAGAUGUUUUUGUUUCGAGGGAUAUAUCCAGGACAGCAAUGACCCCAGGCAAUGCAAAAUGUAUUGUGGACAAGAGAAAUGUCCUGCAAUAUGUGAGAAAGACACAUGUUCCUGUCCUGACGGAUAUCUUCUGACGGAGAACGUUUGUGAGGACAUUAAUGAAUGUUCAAUGGACUGGUGUGCUCAAGAUUGUAAAAAUACUUUUGGAAGUUUUGUUUGUUCCUGUCGAGAAGGAUAUGUACUGAAAGAUCAAGUCAAAUGCAUCAAAGCAGCAUACGAUAAAGAUCUUUUGGUCACAACUCCUAUCGCCAUAGGAUCUGCCAAAAUAGCUGCCAAUAAUAAUACAUCUAAGGAUUCUUCUGUUGCUGCUGGUGGUUUCCUCUGGAUAUGGAUUUUACUAGUUUUGGCUGUAGUUGGGUUUGUUAUUGUCAUUAGGUUCUAUGCAGUUAAGCAUCAGAGGGGCAGAGAACAGAACUUAAAUCAACCAUCUACGACCCCUGAGGACAAUAUAGAGUGUUGAACAGAAAUACCACCUGCUGUUCCCUUUACCAUUUUCAUUUUGACUUUACAUUUAUCAGAAGGCUUCACAACAAACUUCUCAGAAUAAGUAUACAUUCUGAACUUUUGUAUCCAGCUUUUACUUGUAUUAAUUCAUUAUUAUAUAAUUUGGAAUUUCAAGUUUCAAGUUCUUGUAGGAGAGGAAAUAGGCCACUCAGUGCCUGUACCUUGUAUAUGCACGGUAAGAAGAAGCAGUAAAGGGAAAAUGUGUCAUCAUACAUAAGUUCAAACUUUAAUUUUCUGAGACAAUUGGGUUGAAAUAUAAGGACUGUAAUUGUUUUCAGGAACACCUUUUUUGGAACAUUACAGUAUUGGAAACAUUUGCAUGAUGUUUUUGUCACAGGUGGAGGUGAGAGUAAAAUUUGUGAUAUACUGCUUGGUAGUCUAUAGUUUGAACUCUUCUCAAUUCAUGACAUUGAUUUAUGUUUCAUGAGUAUUAAUGUACGUUUGAGUAUAUGAGUCUGAACAGAUUGAUGGGGUUAAAUUGACAAUUCACUCCAAAAUGGAAAUAAUAAGCAAAAGGAUAUAGCUCAUUAAAGUGCAGUUUCUUUAUGUUACUUUA